AUGGAGUCAAGCAGCGAAAGGCUCCAGCAAGUUCCUCGCGAACUGCCCGCCAUGUUCCGCCCGCCUGUCAACCGCGCGAUGCGGACCCUCGACCGAUCAUUCUUCCGCAAAACUGUGCCCAUCGCCGCCGCCAAGAUCUUCGAGAUCUCGCAGGUUUCCAAAAUUCGCCAGGAACUUGGUAAGAGCCGGGAUUUGCUGGCUUUGCCGCGACUCAAUACUGUGCGGGAUUUUAAGGAGCAGGAUGGGGUGACUCACAAAGGCCUUCUUUUGCGGGAGGAUGUUAAACAUGAUGACAAGUCGAGUUGGUCGCCGACAAUCAACGAGCUCGUGGAGAAGGGCGCUGUCUCCCUGUCGCCAUAUGAUCUGGUGUUGGAAUAUGACUACUGGAGCUAUGCUGAAAUUGCCCACGCCAUCCUCCCAGAAGAGAUGGAAGAGGUCCCCCAAGGGUUUACACAGGUGGGGCAUGUCCUGCACCUAAAUCUUCGAGAGCAUUGGCUUCCAUAUAGAUAUAUUAUUGCAGAGAUUCUAAAGGACAAAAACCCCGCCAUCCGCACAGUCAUCAACAAGACCGAAGAUGUUGGCUCGCACAGCCAAUUCCGCACAUUCCCAUUCGAGCUGCUUGCAGGCGACAAUGACCUGAACGUCAUCCAGCACGAGCAAGACUGCGAGUUCCGAUUCGAUUAUUCGCGCGUCUACUGGAACAGCCGCCUGGAGACCGAGCACCGCCGACUUGUCGAGAAGUUCGAGCCUGGCCAGAUGGUCUGCGAUGUGAUGGCAGGCGUUGGUCCCUUCGCCGUGCCGGCCGGGCGAAAGCGCAUCUUUGUCUGGGCCAACGACCUGAACCCGUACGGGUACGAGGUGAUGCAGGAUGCGACGAAGCGCAAUAGGGUCCAGGACUUCGUCACUCCGUUCAACCAAGAUGGACGCGAAUUCAUCCGGUCCGCGGCGAAGUCGCUCUUGGGGGCAGCACCCGUGACUGUCACGAUCCAGCCCAAGGGACGCAAGGAUAGGAAGAGGAAGAUGGUCGGAGGCGAGGAGAUCGAGCAGCCUCCCGCGCAACAAUAUACUCGCCCGCAGUUUGUCGACCACUAUGUCAUGAAUCUCCCCGCGACUGCCAUUGAGUUCCUCGACGCGUUCCAAGGCCUGUACACCGGCAAGGAGGAGCUUUUUACACCCACCACCUCCCAACCGCUCCCGAUGGUUCACGUCUACUGCUUCUCGGGCCACUCCGAGAACGAGGUGGAUGACCACAAGGAUAUCUGCGAGCGGAUUUCAGAGCGGAUUGGAUUCACCAUCACACCCGAAGACCGGGUGGGAGGCAGUGGCAACGCUGCCAUUGAACUGGCCAUUCACAACGUCAGGCUGGUCAGCCCCAAGAAGCAGAUGUUCUGCGCGAGCUUCCGUCUGCCGCCUGAGGUCGCAUUUCGCAAGGUUUAG